GCUCAGAUGUGGGAACCAAUGAAUAUUGUUAUAGAGAUCAUCUAAUUAGUUACAAAAGGUCACUUGGUCAAGACAAAACACUUGUCCGCCUUUCUGACAGCCUGGUACAUGCUUCAAGAUGACCAACAAUACAAGCACUCGUUGCAGUGAACGUGGCGAUCCGUUUCCUGGUCAAGAGGUGUGGUGGAUCUACAUCGUUGUAUUCGUCAUCCUCUACAUUACGUAUCUAGGCCUCAGUUUGUUUACUUAUGGACUCACCAGAAUCACAAAGAAGUGUCGACAAAAGUCAAUAGACACAAAACGGCAACAGGCUAACAGAAAGUUCAACGAGACCGUUCGUUUGCUUCUGUCUGGGGACUCCAUCUUAAGCAAGACCUUGAUUCUAGUGACAUUUGCAUGCAACACUACGUUUAUAAUCCUAGCCUUAUACAGAAGUAUUGAACCUCCUUUGGUUGAGUAUUGCUACAGCAUCACUCAAGAACCAACAAGAAUAGUUGAACUAUGCAUUGUUCUGGAACUCCUAUGCUUUUCCAUUGCUCGGUUACUCGCUUCUAACAAUAUUGUCUGGCACUGGUUUGACUUUUACACAAUAAUUGAUGUACUGACUCUCCCUCAUAUCUUUGUGUCUGUGGCGCUGGGUGUGGAUUGGUUGGGGCUAAGAUCUGCUCGCUUCUUCUGGCUAACUCAGCUGAUUACAGUUUUCAGAUUCAUUCCUUGGAUUAAGUCACAGAACUUCCUCGAUUUUAUUGCUCUUGCCAUUUAUUUUUUGACCCUCGUUUUUUUCGGUGCUGGAAUAGUUCAUCUUUUAGAGUACACUGGAGAUCCUUGGAUCAAUAACCACAAUGCUCCCGAACAUAAUAUCUUCUCGUAUGGAUACUACAUUCUCGUUACCGUGACUACUGUUGGGUAUGGCGAUAUAACCCCCAAAACAGCUUUUGGCCGAGGCUUUAUGUUUGGGUACAUUAUUAUUGGAUUGGUUUUCUUUGCUGCACUACUGCCUCUCAUAAGUGAUGUACUUCAAUACUUUCAUUUCAAUAGACAAUAUUCCAGUUUUGAUAGAUCACGGGUCCCACGUCAUGUGAUUGUUUGUGGCCACAUCACCGCAUUUUCCGCUCAAGCAUUUCUCAAGGACUUCCUGCACCCUGAUCGAGGAGACUCAAACACACAUGUCCUUUUCCUCCACCCAACUCGGCCUAGUAGGAAACUGCGGAAUGUGUUCCGUUUCUUCUACACUCGAGUUCAGUAUAUUGCCGGGUCUGUAUUGGACAGAAGUGAUCUUCUAAACAGCAAGCUAUUGAGUUCUUCUGCUGUUUUCAUUCUUGCAGACAAGUACACAAACAAUCCACAGGAGGAAGACAAUGGUAACCUUCUGCGAUUGGUGUCUAUCAAGAACGUAACUACUAAGAUACCAGUGAUAACACAGCUUCUUCUUAAUUUGAGUAAACAACAGGUCAGGAACAUUGAAGGGUGGAAUCCUGGUAGAGACAUUGCUGUCUGUUUGAACGAGCUGAAGCUUGGAUUACUGGCUCAGAGUUGUCUGUGUCCCGGAUUCUCCACUCUAAUUGCCAACCUCUUCUACACGUCUGAUUUUUCAGCUCUCAAAUCCUUUGAAGGCCCGAAUGCUUGGAAAGAAGAUUACACAAUGGGCGCUUCCAAUGAAAUAUAUGCAACUCAUUUCUCAUCCAGUUUUGAAGGAAAAAACUUUCAAGAAGCCGCUCACAUUUGCUAUAAUCAAUUUGGACUAAUUCUGCUAGCAUUUGAAUCUCCUGAAGGCAAGCUCCGCAAAUUUGACAUUAACCCUCCUAAUUCUGAGAUCACUAUUCAAAGUGGUCUCCUUGGAACUCGAGGGUACUUUGCUGGGCAGGAUGUCAAACAUGUGUCCGUUGUGAGUAGCUACUGUGAGACUUGCGAUAAAAAUUUGAAAUUAGUUGACCAUAUAGAACUGAAAUAUCUUAUCCGAAGGGUCUCUCGUCGUAAUUGCAAUUGUCCAGUUUUAACUAAAGUGGUCACUACCGGUAGAUUGGAGGGAACUGAGUUGGUGGAAUUUGAUGAAGCUUCUGUACCUACAGGCAUAUUUUCUAAGCGGCAAGGUACAUUUUCUAAGCGGCCAUCACACUGUCCAGUUUCAUUCACAAUCGACCACGAUGAUGAUGAAGAGGCGAGUGAAUCCUACAGUCGUGAGCCAAUUGAACUGGAAGAAGUCACUCUUAAUUCGAAUGCAUUUAUGAAGAGCCCAGAAGGAAUACCAAGCCUGGAAAAUCACAUUGUUGUGUGCGUGUUUGCUGAUAAAAAGUCUCCACUACUUGGGCUGCAAAAUUUCCUCAUUCCUCUCAGAGCUAAAAGUAUUUCAAGAGAGUCUAUACAGCCUGUUGUCAUUGUGAGCAAGAAAACUUUUCUGAAACGUGAAUGGCCGUUCUUACAAAACUUUCCUGAAGUGUAUGUGGUUGAAGGGUGUCCACUGUAUUUUAAAAACCUUGAAGCUGCUUCCAUCAACUCUUGCAGUGUGUGCAUCAUCACGACCAUGCUCUCAACCGACAGUGACGAACCAGCCAUCAAUGACAAAGAAGUGGUCCUCUGCAGUCUGAGCAUCCAGAAGUACCUCAAGAAAAAUGCCACACAGCAAGUCCAGAUUAUUGCUGACCUUCGACAGGAAUCUAAUGUGCAGUUCCUCGACUUUGGAGAUGAAGACGAACCAGACGAGAGAAUCUACAAAACUCAACCGUUUGCUUGUGGAGAAGCAUUUUCAGUUUCUAUGAUGGACUCUGUGACAAGUUCUGCAUUCCACAGUCCAGGCACCUUGUACCUUGUGGAAGACCUGAUCCAGCGUACAGGCACGAAGGCAACCUGUCAGAUUGUGGGGGUUCCCCUCAAUUCAGAAGAGUAUGUCGGCAAGACGUUCCAAGACUUGUUCAACAUCCAGCUGGACAAGAAAAACCUUGUCCUUGGAUUGUAUCGCAAGCUGCCUGCUAGGAAUGAGAGAUAUGUUGGACUGGGUCAAGAGAAGCACUACGUGAUCACAGCCCCUCAUCAUGGUACUGUACUGGACACUAGUGAUAUUGCAUUCAUAUUAGUCAAUAACACACCCACUUGUGUGGAGUUGAGUUAAAGAUUAUGUAGUGUCGUUUCAAUAAUUAUGUUUAUAUUAUUUUUGUAUCAAGUGUUUCUAUAAUUUUAUAAUUAUAAUAAUCAAGUUUA